AUGGUACUCAAAAAGGAAAGGAAACAAAAAGAAGACGAACUGGAGCAGUCAGAGUUCCCGGAGGAAAGAAGUCUCUCGCCAUCAGGAAUGUCAGAUGAGCAACAAAAUGAAAAAAAUCAUCAGCUGUCGCGUAGGCUUCGAGGAGAUAGAAAUCGGAAACAUCAAAGAGGACCAUGUGGCCGCUCGCAGAGAAGAGGACCAUGUGGCACACAGGUGGUCGAUGGACGCAGGAGCCCAAUCAAAUUGCGUGCAAGACCACCGACUGAGGCUCCUACGACAAAUCAACGAGGAGGUGGCGGAAGAGGAGGAAGAACAAAUGGUGGAAGAGGAGCUAGAAGACAAUUUGGAAGAGGGAGAAAAAACUGA